CGGAACUAGUACUCCGUAGCACGUCGUGCGGCAUUCAGAAAUCUUCAACAUGGCGGAGACCCACAGCUUACAGGACAUGAGGCAGCAGGCGGCUGUCGCAGCCAAAGUCUUCAUUCAGAGAGACUACUCCAACGGAACCAUGUGCCAGUUCCAGACCAAGUUUCCUUCAGAGCUGGAGACCAAGAUUGACAAGCAGCAGUUUGAGGAGACGAUACGGACGCUGAACAACCUUUACACGGAGGCAGAGAAGCUGGGAAGUCAGUCGUUCGUCGAAGGCUGCCUGGCCUGCCUCACCGCUUACGCCGUCUUUCUCUGUAUGGAGACUCACUACGAGAAGGUUUUGAAGAGGAUUUCCAAAUAUAUCCAGGAACAAAACGACAAGAUCUACGCGCCACGAGGCCUCCUGCUGACAGAUCCCAUCGAAAGAGGACUCCGAGUCAUCGAGGUCACCAUCUACGAAGACAGAAGCUUCAGCAGAUAAAAGCGAUCCCGUGCAGCGGAGCAGCAGAACCAACCGCCCCGAAGACCUCCACGACCUACGACCUUAACGCUGCGUCUUUACAAUCUAUCCCCCCUGCCUGGUACAAGAGCAUGUGUCUUUGAGAGAAUCCCUUUGGAGAAAUGUUGUAGCAACAUUUGACUUUUAAUGUGCCCUGUUUUGUAUGUUAGUGCGUUUAAGCCGACUUCAAAUAUGAUGAAAUAAGAGUUGAACUCAGAAUUUAACCAGUGUUUUUAUGCUGGACUAAUGCAGCUGUUUGAACGUUAGUGUUUUUGGAGAAAUACCCUAAUUUUCUUUGUGUUUUUUGGAAUGGUACAGCCAUCAAACAGGGUCACUCGUUUUGUUUUCCAGAGCUCACCUGUAAAGUGUGGGAUCAUUGGUUAUAGGGGGGUUUACCUCACAAUUUGUUGGUUUCUAAAAGUUGUUUGCUAGUUUUGCACCUAUUUUUUUUAUUUUUGCAUCUUAUCUGUCUGUUUCAUAAACAUUAGUGUUUAUUUAAAGCUCUCCAGUGUCCCGCGGCAAAUUUUCAUCCCUGUAAAUAUUUGAUUUGUACGUAUUGAUUUAACAGCGUAUCAUACUGUAGGUGCUGUGAAUGUGUGCUAUGCAUAAUAUUUCACUGCUGUUCAUUUUUAUUAGUAAUAUGUACACAUACUCCAAUAUUGCCUUCGACAGAAGUAUUGAAAGUGCUCUUGUUGGCUGACAGUGUCCAGAACUAGAACAGUUUUCCAUGAACACAUGGUUGGGGUUAGCACAUGUUACAAAAGCACAAACUUCACUGAAGAAGGUUGAUGUUCUGGUUCUGCCAGGUCCAAAUUGAAAAUGUGUAUUGUUUUAGUGAUGCACCAAUCAUGCUUCAAGUAACUUAAGAACUCAAACCAUCCAAUCAAUGACUCAGAACUCUUAUGAAGGUUAAACGCCAUCAGAGCCACUACCUCUACCACGGAACCUGCAGCACAUUUUGUUUAUGAGUUCUAGAAAUUGGUUUGCACCAGGAAAAGUCUGAUCAGUGCAGCUCUACUAAAACCCAAAUGUCGGGUUCCUUUUCUCUGAACCUGAUAGUAAAGCUUGGCAGUAGUCAAUCCUCCCGUCUCGCAGUGAGACCUGGAAGCUGCUGAUGUUGGGCUUCACUCGUCUUUUAAAGGUGAAGCCUCUUCAUGUGCAGGUAUCCAGGUUUGAUUGUGAAUCAGGUGGAAAGUCUUGAUGUCUUCUGUAAAUAAAAGUUUGAUCUGUUUUGAUUCUUGAGAUUAUGUUGAGCCCACUAACGAACCUUUUUUGUUGUUAUUUUGCCAAAUGACAUUCAAGUGUAUUGAUAAUCUAUUCUAGAUGAUAUGCUAAUAAAUCAUGUUAAUAUGUGA